AAGACAACCACUGUCAUAGAACCAGGAAGAAGGAAGGUGGGAUAGCCCCCAAAAAGAUACCAUUUCAAAUCAGUCGCAGAAUUUUCCCUAGAAAACCAUGGGGCUCUGCAAGUGGACGUUUGAAGUGGUUGUCUUGACGGCUGUUUUUAGUUCGUUUAUACCAGUUCGAGCAGAUGAACACGAGCACAAGUACACAGAUAAAGAAGAGGUGGUUUUAUGGAUGAAUACAGUGGGCCCUUAUCACAACCGACAGGAGACCUAUAAGUACUUCUCCCUACCGUUCUGUGUGGGAACGAAAAAAACUAUUAGUCAUUAUCAUGAGACAUUAGGAGAGGCGCUACAGGGGGUUGAAUUGGAGUUCAGCGGUCUGGACAUCAAGUUCAAAGAGGAGGUGUUGCAGACGACAUACUGUGACAUUGAACUAGACAAACCUAAAAGAGAUGCAUUUGUCUAUGCCAUCAAGAACCACUACUGGUACCAAAUGUACAUAGAUGACCUUCCCAUCUGGGGAAUUGUUGGUGAAGCUGAUGAGAAUGGAGAGGACUAUUACCUUUGGACUUACAAAAAGCUGGAGAUUGGACAUAAUGGGAACAGAAUUGUGGAUGUUAACCUGACCAGUGAGGGCAAGGUCAAGCUUGUUCCAAACACGAGAAUUCCCAUGUCAUACUCUGUCAAGUGGAAGAAAUCUGAUGUGAAAUUUGAGGAUAGAUUUGACAAAUACCUUGAUCCAUCUUUCUUUCAACACAGAAUUCACUGGUUCUCAAUAUUCAACUCAUUCAUGAUGGUGAUUUUCCUGGUGGGCCUUGUUUCAAUGAUCCUGAUGAGAACAUUAAGGAAAGACUAUGCCAGAUACAGCAAAGAGGAGGAAAUGGAUGACAUGGAUCGUGAUCUUGGUGAUGAAUAUGGCUGGAAGCAGGUUCACGGGGAUGUGUUCAGGCCAUCCAGUCACCCGCUGAUCUUCUCCUCCCUCAUUGGCUCUGGCUGUCAAAUUUUUUCAGUUUCCCUUAUAGUCAUCAUUUUGGCCAUGAUUGAGGACUUGUAUACAGAGAGAGGGUCCAUGUUGAGUACAGCCAUAUUUGUUUAUGCUGCCACGUCUCCAGUCAAUGGCUACUUUGGUGGAAGCCUAUAUGCAAAACAAGGAGGGAGGAGAUGGAUAAAGCAGAUGUUCAUUGGAGCCUUCCUGAUUCCUGCAAUGGUGUGUGGUACAGCGUUCUUCAUCAACUUCAUCGCCAUCUACUACCAUGCCUCAAGAGCAAUCCCAUUCGGCACUAUGGUUGCGGUGUGCUGCAUCUGCUUAUUUGUAAUUCUACCUCUGAACCUGGUGGGGACGAUCCUGGGCAGAAACCUCUCCGGACAGCCCAACUUUCCUUGUAGAGUCAAUGCUGUACCCAGACCCAUCCCAGAAAAGAAAUGGUUUAUGGAGCCAGCAGUUAUCGUGUGUUUAGGUGGCAUCCUUCCAUUCGGCUCGAUAUUCAUUGAAAUGUACUUCAUUUUCACAUCUUUCUGGGCCUACAAGAUUUACUAUGUGUAUGGAUUUAUGAUGCUGGUGCUGGUGAUCCUGUGCAUCGUUACUGUCUGCGUCACCAUUGUCUGCACCUACUUCCUUCUCAAUGCAGAAGACUACAGAUGGCAGUGGACAAGCUUUCUCUCUGCAGCGUCAACAGCAGUUUAUGUUUACAUGUACUCCUUCUACUACUAUUUCUUCAAAACAAAGAUGUAUGGCUUAUUCCAGACGUCAUUCUACUUUGGCUACAUGGCUGUGUUCAGCACUGCUCUGGGAAUCAUGUGUGGAGCGGUGGGUUACAUGGGAACAAGUGCCUUUGUGAGGAAGAUCUACACAAAUGUGAAAAUCGACUAAAACUCUGCAGAGACGCAGCAGAAGAGCCGACACUUCCUCCCGAUCGAAACGGGCACAAAGUCUCCAUUUAUUUUGCAAGAUGAGAUUGUGGUAUCUUGUACAAAAUCUAGUUUUCCAUUUUCUCAAUGAAUUAAACGUUGCGGCAUGAUGCAUACACAAGGGUAAACCGAGAGGUUAAAUAAACAGGACUUUUAAUUUU